AGUGUCCUGAACUCGAAUGGUACCUACGCGUUUCACUGCAUCACAUUCCUCCCGUCCUUUCGCUACUCUCAUUUCUGUUCUCUCCCAAAAUGUGCCCGCCAUUCUUCGCAAACUCAUUGGCGUCAAUCGCGACAGCGUCGACACUACGUCGCACACGCUCGUCAAGAGAGCGAGCGGUCCCAAGCACGAUGUCACAUUCAUCAUCUUCGCAUGUCUCAUCCCCAUUCUUGUCUUGUUAUCUGGUGUAUUUGCCGGUUUGACAUUGGGUUAUAUGAGCUUGGACGAAACUCAGCUCAAUGUUUUAAGCAUGAGUGGAACACCCGAGCAGAAGCGAUAUGCUAACAAAAUUAAGCCUAUUCGCCAGAAUGGUCAUUUACUAUUGGUGACUCUUCUUCUCGCGAAUAUGAUUGUCAACGAGACACUUCCCGUCAUCUCAGACCCUGUCCUCGGUGGUGGCGUUCCAAGUGUCAUCACCAGCACAGUCCUUAUCGUUAUCUUUUCGGAGAUCAUUCCUCAAUCGUUGUGCACUCGCUAUGGCCUGUAUCUCGGUGCAAAAAUGGCGGGAUUCACCCGAAUUCUAAUAUACGUCCUAGGAGUUGUGUCUUGGCCAGUUGCUAAACUUUUAGAAUUCGCCCUGGGUCCUCAUCAUGGUGUUAUGUAUCGUCGAGCCGAACUGAAGGAGCUCAUUGCAAUGCAUUCCUCUAUGUCUGCUCACGGAGGAGAUUUGAAGACUGAUACUGUAACUAUCAUUGGAGCAACUCUUGAUCUGCAGGAGAAAGUCGUCAAACAGGCUAUGACACCCAUCAAGGAUGUGUUCAUGCUUUCUAUUGAAUCUCGACUUGACUAUGAGCUCCUCAAGAAGAUUUGUAUGACCGGUCACAGUCGUGUUCCUGUAUACGAAGAAGUGGAAAUACCCGUGGAUGCUUCCGGGCGCAUCGAGAAGGUCAAAAAAAUUGUUGGUAUUCUAUUAGUGAAACAGUGUGUCCUAUUAGAUCCUAAAGAUGCUGUCCCUUUACGCAAAAUUUCCCUCAAUAAGGUCCCGUUCGUGCCCAAUAAUGAACCACUCCUCGGUAUUCUCGACAAAUUCCAGGAAGGUCGCUCUCACAUGGCCAUUGUCUCACGUAUCAGCGUGGAUAAAGCUGCCUCGGUUAAGAAAGUUGCCAAACGUUCGCUCACUCAACGCCUCCGGGAUCGUGUCGGCAUGGGCGAUUCGAGUGAUGAGGAGGAAUCUGAUUCCAAGGAUCAACGCAAAGGAGAACGAGAGAUAUCAUGGUCCGAUGAACAGACUGACGGUGAUGGCGAAGCAACGCUUCAGGACGACGGAUCUGCGGAGAAGGAGAUCAGAUUUGAGCAACCAAAGCAAGAUAAGACCAUUGGCUUCAGAGGGAGAGGGCGUGGUCGGACUAAGAAUCAAAGUCACAGGUCAGCAGAUUUAGAAAUGGGUGUAGCUGAGGAACGAGAUAAGCACAGGAUGAGAUUGCCACGGUCUUCCCUUGCUUUGGAGCAGAGCAUGCCGGCCGAUGCAGUCUUAGCAAAGAAGAGUGCAGAUGAGUUUUUGCAAGGUAUCGAUCCCGCCGUGAUGCCUUUGGGUAUCAUCACUUUAGAAGACGUUUUGGAAGAACUUAUAGGGGAAGAAAUUUAUGAUGAAUUUGACCCUCAAGGCGCUAACGGCUCGAUAUCCUCUUAUAUGCCCACUGAAAGUUCGCCUUUGCCUACACUUCUUCGUACGGAUUCUGUUCCAGAACUUGCUAUCAUGGGCACGGGCGACAUCGCUGACGCGACUAAUGCUAAUGUACCGAAGGGAGUGGGUUCGACUCCGAUCUUGCGUCCGAUUGCUAUGAGAGGAUUCAGCUUUCUUAGGUCCAAGAGCGCCCCGCCCACUCCGAGGGACCAGGAUGCCAAGUUAGCAAGUGCUCCAUCUUCGCCUAAGCUUAUGGCUUCUACUGUUGUAGAGAUUACCGAUGACGAUCAAGAAGUUGCAGACGUUUCACCUGUGGUUGCCUUGGAGGCAGCCAUUUUGAAAGACAAUACUGACGACGCAUUUUUAUUGGACGAUAAAGCCAUGGUACCUUCUGUGGUUACUACGAUAGGCACCAAUGUCAGCAAGCCACCUUGUAAGACAAGCUCAAUGGGGACUACAAACACUGCCGUUAUUCCCGUAUCUGCUAUACAUGGAUCUGUUAGCUCCCCUGCUUCCAGGAGCGUUUCUCCCUCGCCUUCUCUAGAGGCCUUUUUAUUCGAUAGGAAACGCCGUCUGGUCGCAGCCGCAGCUGUAGCCGGGAGCCCGACUAGCACCGUCAUUGUACCCUCUGUUCCGAGUAACAUCGCUUCGUCGAGUGGGGAUAGGGAUGUCAGAAUCCCUUUGGCAAGAGGUGUUACACCCAGUAUCAAAGGCACACGAUUUAAGAGUAGCCCUCUGGGCGGAGGGGACAGAGCUGGAGUGAUUGUUGCAGAGACGGUUAAAGAAGACAGAAAUGACCAAACGGAUGAGGCAGAUAAAGACAAGGAGGGUGAGGAAAGGUCGAUCAAGGACAAAGACGAUGGUCGAUUCUUAUGAUAACCACAAGCAUGAGGACGUGUUUCAUACAUUCGCAGUGGCACCAAAUGCUCUAGGAUGGUCAGCAAUGUAGAAUAUUAAUGUUAUUUUAUCACCGUUUUAAAACUGCUACAGCUGUGCUAAG